UUGUCGGUGACGGUGACGAGUGGGCUCUUUUCUUCCUCCCUGAAAGCCACAUUCCUGCUCGCCCCAAAACACGCACGCAUCGAUGCGCCUUCCCCAGGAGCUCGUCGACGCCGUCGUCGCCUAUGUCCAGCAUGAGACGGGGAAUGAGAUUGUGCUGAACCUUCUGCAAGCCUCCACAACUGUCUUCUUGCCUCAGAUCUGUUUCAAUCUUCAGCACGAAGCCAUCUGUCUCGAUUCAUACCAUUCCUAUCGUCACCUCUUCGAAAUCACCAAGCUCUGCCCCGCCGUCCUUCCCUGCAUCUGGCAUCUCAGGGUGAACGCUGAUGCGAGGCUACUUGAUGGAUUCCUAUCGGCCCUACCGGCGGUGCUUCUGAACGAUUGUACUUGCCUUCGGUCCCUCCACGUCAGUGUGACAGGAAGGUCCAUCGAGUGGACAAUGCUCCCCAUCAGCUACAGAGCUGCGCUAUACAAGUGCAUGCAGCUACCGACACUCGAGAAGCUACAGCUACAGUCUAUCACCGUCACCCCAGCUGCCGUGGAAGAGUUCACUGCUCCGAGCCUCCCUCCUCAUCUGAAGACAAUCAGCAUCUCCAGGAUUUGGAUGGUCAGUGGAACCUACUUCUCUACGCAGCCCACAAUGGCACGGCUUGGAUGCACAUCAGCAACUACGACCUUCUCGUGCGACCAUCAGAGCCUUCCGUUCGCGCGCUUGCUGUACAAUCCGAGGCCAUAUCCCUUUGGCGACCUUCAUGAACUCGAGCUCGCCUCGGAUGAUGCGGGGGUGGACAGCGCAGCUCAGCAGAUACUCGCAGAAAACCCGCGCCUUGCUCAUCUCACAUGUCAAUGCAGCUCCUCCUUUCUUCCAGCGUACAAUCUACGCGAGAACAUCGCACUGCGCACGCUCACUCUCCGCUUUCGCAUACCGGUCGAGACCUGGGCGCCGGUGGGCUUUCCCGAAGUCCUGAAAUCCAUUCCUGGGUCGGGCACGCGCACUCUGGAGAGCUUCAGUCUCUUCGUUUCGACGGAGGAGACCGCAAUUGACUACUGGCGCGCGGUAGAUGAAGCACUUUGCCGUUUUGAGAUGCUAAAGACCGUCGAGCUGCAUCUGAAGAACCCCUUUGCAGGACGAGAUGCUACCUCCAUACCUGUUCAACAAGAGGAGACGGCGAGUGGUAGAUUUCCGGGACUGUGGGAUGCGAUGGGGAGAACACACGAGAGGGGAAUCCUGAAGAUCAUUACUGGAUGGUGAUGCGCCAUGAGAAGUUGUAUCUCUUGUCAAGCUCGAGAUAGGGUGUCUUUGCAGACCAACACCAUGGUAUGUUGGCACGCAGCCAUCUAUCUACCUGA